GUGUAUUUUGUACAGCACGUGUGCAUAUGUGGUUUCUCAGCACUUCAUGUAUAAUAUUUUAGUGUAAUAAAAGAUUUGAAUUUGUACAUGAACCAUCAUGGCAAGGCGACCAGAACAUCAGGCUCCUCCUGAAAUUUUUUAUAAUGAGGAAGAAGCAAGGAAGUACACACAAAAUUCUCGCAUGAUAGAAAUUCAACAGCAGCUGUCAUCGAGAGCGUUGGAGUUGUUGGCUCUACCAGAAGAUGUGCCUGGUCUUCUCUUGGAUAUCGGUUGUGGUUCAGGUCUUAGUGGAGAGUGUAUAACCGAACAGGGACAUAUGUGGAUUGGGGUUGAUAUCAGCCCAGCCAUGCUGGACGUUGCAGUUGAAAGGGAAGCAGAAGGUGAUUUGGUGCUAAAUGAUAUGGGAGAUGGAAUGCCUUUCAGGCCUGGAACAUUUGAUGGGGUGGUGAGUAUAUCUGCCUUACAGUGGUUAUGUAAUGCUGAUAAAAAGUACCACAGUCCCCCAAAACGAUUAUACAAGUUCUUCAGUACUUUAUAUGCCUGUAUGUGUCGAGGCAGCCGAGCUGUCUUCCAACUUUAUCCUGAAAACAGUUCACAGUUGGAAUUGAUCACCAAACAGUCAAUGAGAGCAGGUUUUACUGGUGGGCUUGUCGUUGAUUUCCCCAACAGUACAAAAGCUAAAAAGAUGUUUCUUUGUCUUUUUGCGGGAGGUGCCGUACAACAGCUGCCAAAAGGUCUCGGGACGGAAGCUGGACAGAGAACUGAUCAAGUAGCAUACAGUGAUACAAGAGCAAGACUGAAGAAAAUCCGUGGGAAACCACCCAAGAAGAGUCGCGACUGGAUAAUGGAGAAGAAAGAACGAAGGAGAAAACAGGGAAAGGAAACGAAAAAGGAUUCAAAGUUCACUGCAAGGAAACGUCCGACGACCCUUUAGAGUUAACGAGUCAUUUUACUGUACGUGUACAUACUGUAUAUUCUAUGAAAUAAAAAUUUGUCUCGACUAUCAUGGUGCCAAUGUGCUUUUCUGGACAACCACACUUAGCAAACUACAUGGUCUGUAAGGCAGAAGGAGGAAAUCAACAGGUCGACACUGAUACUGUAAAACUGGUCAGGAGGCAUCACAAUCUUCAAGAUUGACAGCUCCUGACUGUUUUACUGUGUGACCUAUUGCUUGCGACUGGACCAUGGAAUCCACAAAUGUCUUUUGAUAGUCAAUCUUCAGUGCAACAAGAAGGAAUACAAUGCAUUGUUGAAGUCUACAGUUGUUUUAUUUUUGGUUAUGAGACCUAUUCACAUACUUGGAUGCUUACAUUUGUACAGAGAUGCAGGUGCAAGGAAAGUAGUUCCAGAGCUGGCGAAGAUCCUGCACAAUGAACAAUGGAUGGUUUAAUGAUGAGUCCUUGAUCUGUGUAAAAAUGGCUUCAAACGAUGACUUGUCACCAAAGCUGGCUUCAUAGCUGACGUGAUUGAUUUCAACCUUGUCACAUCUGGUUGUAUCAAUGUUGCCUCCGCAUCCUGCGAUUCAAAUGUGUAUUUGUAAAGUACUGUCGAUUGACAUAAGACGUACGAAGAUCAAGGUUUCACACCACCUUUCAUUGUCUAUCAGCAGACACUGUCAUAAGCCCACUUGAGGAAAUAUUUACAGGAACACCACUCACAACACAGAAAUGUUUCCUAGGAAUUUACAAACGACCGAUACGGAGACUGGUGAUAUAUACUCAUUAUAUAACAACUCAUAGGACACGUUUUUACAGUUUAUUUGAAGACUGUGACCUGGCUGGACUGAGCGUCUGCUCGGCA